AUGCCACCGAACACACCUCCAUGGGUCGUCAAAGACCUAUCCUCAAUCUUGGGUCUAGAUGACGAGACUAUCAAACAGAUGAUCAUACCUGAUCUGGAAUCUUACACUCAUGAAGCUAGACUGAGAGUACAUCUUCUGGACUUUCUCGGUCCUUCGUCUCAAUCACAAUCAUUCAUCAACCGUUAUAUAUCGUUUCGAUUCCCUUCUUUACCUUCCACCCAAAGUCAACCUCAAUCUCAAUCAUUGACACCCAACCCAUCGUCCCUCAAACCCCAACCUUCCAAAUCGAAAUCGAAGGCACAGACACCAUUGAACCUCUCACGACCUACUUCCACCCCGGGCUCAUCUAGGACUAAACCCCUCGCAAACAAUAUACCCGAAGCGCUAGAAGCUGCCUUCGGAUCUGGUGGGAAGGUAUACCAGAAAAGGGACUUAGACGAAAGUGGAUUUGGUGGAUGGGGUAAAUCAACGGGUGGUACUCCCAAAUCAGGAGGUGGAGAACCCAAAGCACAACAAUCUCAAGCUCGUUUAGAUGCACCUUCUUCCAGUGCGAGUGGAAGUGCAGCGGGGAGCAGGACAAAUAGUUCGAAAGGGAAGAGCAGGGCUGGGGAAGAGAAAAUAUGGGAUAAACCGAAAUCCAAGACUGUCAAGAGAUUAGAAGGGAUAGUAGAUAAACUGAGAAUAAUAAAAGAGAGUAAUGGUGAAGGGAAGAUUAAGGAUGAUAAAGCUAUUAAUUGUUUCUGUCAAGCUCGAGUUCAUCCUUUAUCACCCUACACACCAAUUUGUCAAUCAUGUGGUCUAACCCUAUGUAAUGUCCAACAACCCUAUCUCCCCUGUCCAUCAUGUUCUUCCCCUCUCUCUACCCCCGCUCAAACAUCCCGGUUGAUCCUCCGCCUGGAAACUGAGAUUGAACAUCAACUAUCUAAAGAAGAGAUUGAAAGGCAACAAAUGGAAAAAGAGAGAUUGGAGAGAUUGGCAGUCCAAGCUGGAGGAGGUUCAUUCCCAAGUUUACCUGGUCAAACACCCCCACAAAGUAUCGUAACGACCAAUAAUCAGGGGAGGAAGGUGAUUAGUAUAGGAAGUAAAGUUAAAGGAAAAAGUAAAAUCACGACUACUACUUAUAUAACCAAACCUCCCACACCUAGUACACCCAAAGAAGCGGGAGAGGGAGAUAAGAUACUGGAUGAUAUCGUCCCGAGAUUAAAGUAUAAUCCAAUCGAUAAGAAUAGGUUAGAAAAGGAAUCGAAUAAGUUAUUGAACUACAGGAAAGAACAUGAUAGACCGUAUGGAGAUCCGAAAUUACUUGGACAGGAGAAAGAUGGAGUGGUAUUGGUUUAUAGAGAAUUGGCGGUGCCUGUUAUUAGGAAUGAGGAGACGGCGGGAAGGAGGAAGAAAGGGAAGGCGAAGAGGCUGGGUGAAGGUGGGAGGGAAGUUCCGGGAGCAUAA